AAAAAACAAAAAUCCAAAAGAAAAAUACAAAAGAAAAGUGCACAAGUUUUUGGAAAUUUUGUGUCGAAAACGUUUCAAAUUUUUGGUUGGGGCAUGGCCCCGCGGCAUAUCUUUUUUGGUUGGAGCCGCCGCAGUUGCAGUUGCAGCCUAAAGCAGCCUAGCUGCCGUUGACCUCACUUGCCCUCUCUCCCCCCUACUUUAAUCCCCUCUCUCACUGUCUCUCUCGAUAUAUUUUGCGCUGGCUCACACAAAGCCUUCAAUUAAAGCUGCGCUCCAAAUCGAAUUAAAUUAAAUAUAUUUUUUGCUGGCGGCGCUGCUGUCUCUGUGUGUGUGUAUGUGUGAGAGAGUGUCCCCACCAUACCACUCCCCGCCCCUUCUCUCUCGCUCUAUCUCGCGUGUGUGUGUGUGUAAGUUUUUGCGCCGCCAGCAGGCAAAAGAAAAUGCAUUUUAAGUGAAAUUUCCUGUGCUACAAGCAAUUACGAGAGUCAACCUCCUCCUGCUCCACCAUCUCCAAGUGUCUCUCUCUCUCUCUCCCCCUUAAAUUCAUAUCCCCAAAAAAACAACAACAACAACCACAUCGUGAAGAAGAAACAGCAGCAGAAGAAAGUCAGCCUUAGCUAUGGCCUCCAAUACCCAUGUACCCACUCCAACAGCUUCAGCUCCAGCUCCAGCUACAGCAUCCACAUCGACAUCAACGCCACAAAACUACAAAGUGCCAUCGACAAGUAAAAUAUCUGUGGAUAAACUCCUUCGCGUUGGCUACUAUGAACUGGAAAAGACCAUCGGCAAGGGCAAUUUCGCCGUUGUCAAGUUGGCCACAAAUAUUGUCACUAAAACAAAGGUGGCCAUCAAGAUCAUAGACAAGACAUGCCUCAACGAGGAAUAUCUAAGCAAGACCUUCCGUGAGAUCUCCAUAUUAAAGUCGUUGAGGCAUCCACAUAUCACGCGCCUCUACGAGGUCAUGGAAUCCCAAUCGAUGAUCUAUUUGGUAACAGAAUAUGCCCCAAAUGGUGAGAUUUUUGAUCAUCUGGUAGCCAAUGGGCGUAUGAAGGAGCCGGAGGCGGCACGUGUUUUCACCCAACUCAUUUCGGCUGUCCAUUAUUGCCAUUUACGUGGAGUUGUCCAUCGUGAUCUCAAGGCGGAAAAUGUUCUGCUCGACAAGGAUAUGAACAUUAAACUGGCUGACUUUGGUUUUAGUAAUCAUUAUGAGGAGGGCGCCACAUUGAGAACGUGGUGUGGUUCACCACCGUAUGCGGCGCCAGAGGUAUUCCAGGGACUGGAAUACGAUGGCCCCAAAUCAGAUAUCUGGAGUCUGGGUGUAGUACUGUAUGCAUUGGUCUGCGGGGCAUUACCCUUUGAUGGCAAGACCAUAUUGGAGCUAAAAAGUCGUGUUGUAUUGGGAAAGUUUCGCAUACCAUUCUUUAUGUCACAAGAAUGCGAACAUCUUAUCCGGAAUAUGCUUGUUGUGGAGCCCGAUCGACGUUAUGCCAUCAAACAGAUUAUCAAACAUCGCUGGCUAAGUGAAUGGCAAUCGGAGCUACAAGAUGAUGAACGCUGCAUGGAGAUAACGGGAUCCCAGACGAGUGGUCUAUCACAUUCGGCAUCAGCCUCAUCGCUAGCAAGUUCUAGUGAUAUGGUCUCCUCAUCAUCCUCGGCCACACCACAAUUGGAUUCGGUGGUCAUGACGCAUAUGUUGCAAUUGCCAGGGCUAACGGCCGAUAUGAUUGCCCAGUCGGUGCAUGAGCAACGCUUCGAUAAUAUCUAUGCCAUAUAUAAUCUGCUGCAAGACAAAUUGCAACAGAAGCGACGCGAAAACCAAAGACUGCAGCAUCAUGCCAGUUUGGCGUACUCAAGAUCCCGUAAGACUAGCAUAACAACGGGUGUGGUGGAUCGUUCUGAGCCCAUGGUUAAGCAGGAAUCUCUGGAUCGUCUCAGUCCCUUAAGCAAUGCAAAUGCCUCGAGUUCAGCCUUGGGUUUCGGUUGGACGGAUGUUGCGGUGGAUCUAGAGAAGUUUGGUGACUUUGAAUUGGAGUGUCUGGCGCGACCAAAUGAGCCUCCGGUUCAUGGUCAUCAUUUGAGUGCCACGGCUGGUGGGAUUAAUGGAGCAGCCAAUACCAGACGACAUACAGUGGGUCCUGGCGAUGUGGCUCAUGAGCAGGCUUUGGCUAAUCCUAAUGUGCCACCAAUUGACUUUAAGUGUGCUCCACAAUGUCAGGAUCCUGCACAUAAUGUUCCAUAUUAUCCAAUGAAUCUGCCCAUGCUGCAAAAUCAACCAUUGCAUAAUCUGACUAUCAAGGAUCAGCAUUUGCUUAAGCCACCUGUCGUUAUGGGAGCCAGUUCCUUUGGCCGUCGUGCUUCAGAUGGUGGAGCCAAUUUGCAUAUUUAUUAUCCCGCCACAGGAUCAACUGCUGUAGUGCCCGCUCAGCCUCAACAAAUGGAUACGGUUGGCUACUAUAUCAAUUCCCCGGGCAAUCAAGAGCUAUCACCCCUCAAUGAACAGGCUGCCGGCUUGCAAUAUUGCCCCGAAAACAGUGGCGAAGAGUGUAGCGAAGAAAUACAGAGCUACAUGCAGAAACGUGGCUGUGUUAAGAGACACACGGUCGGUUGCACUGAGGAUCUUUCGGUUGGCGGCGAUAUGGUCCACAUUCAGGUCACUCCGGGCACCUCCAAUCAGGCUGCAGCGCCGCCAGGCAGCAGUGGCGGAAAUAUGCGUACCAGACGUACAGGUCUAUUGACUGUCACCGAAAGACCACCAGUAAUUUGUCCUGAGCUUAUACGUGAAGUUGAAUCUCGCAUGAAUCGCGAUUAUUUGCCGCCCACAUUAAAAUCACUUAGUCAAUCGCCACCAAAUGGCACCUUUGCCAAUAUGGGUGGCGGUAUGAUUGGUGGUGUUGGUGGUGGCAAUGUUGCGACAGGUGUCCUGCCACUUGCAGCCGGUGGUUCAGUGCCACUUGUUAUGACACCCACAACGGCGGCAAAAUAUCGUGGCGCCUAUCGUGUUAGUAGUAAAUUGCCAACUGUACAGGAGGGUGGACGCUACAGUCCGGUGAGACGUGCCUCGGAGGGUUCCAAAUCCCAGUUUCAGGGACCAUUGCAGGAAUGCCAAUCCCUGCAGAAAGGUAUUGCACAGAGAAACUUUUUGGUUGCACCCAGUCCGCCGCUUUUAGAAAAUUCAAUCAGUCUGCCAGGUUCACCCAUUCAUGGUAAGCCCACUGGGAUGCAGUUAGCUCUGCGACGGGGGCAUGAUAUAGAGGUUCCUCCGGAAGCCAUUAAAGGCCUAAUGCCUGCCUUGGAUCGUCUGGUCAAGGAGCAGCGUGUUAGCUAUGAAAUAGCCAAUAAAAUAAUCUCAUCACAUGUGGUACCCAUCGAUUUAGCACCGCAAUUGGGACUCACUGCCCACGCAUCGUCGAGUACGGCGGCUGUUAGUGGCGGCCAUUUGGAUCAGAGUCAUCUGCUUCAUCAUCAUCUGCAGCAGCAGCAACAGCCCAUGCAUAGUUAUAGUGUAUCGCCGCUUUCAUUGCCGACCGGAGGAGCUGGAUCUGCGGUGAAUGCUUCUCUUACUGCGGCAAAGCAAACGUUUGGUCAGCCAUUCUGUGGCUAUCAAUACCAUCAGGCAGCCGCCGCUGCCGCCAUGAUUUUGCCAUUGCAGCCCCAACUCCAGCUGGUUGGGCCGUUUAGUAAUAUCAAUUUGGGGGCCAGCACUUCCAAUUCGAGCAGUGGUUGCCAGUCGCCUGUGUAUAGCAAUAGUAAUAGCAGUUUCAGUGGCAGUUGCUCACCCAAUCCUUAUCUGCCUGGGACUGGACCUUUUAAUCCAGUUAAUGCGGUUGCCGCAGCUGGCGGCUCAUCACCUCUGCAUCAGAUAACCAAGGGCAUAUCAGGCCUUAGCACAGGCGCAAGCGUUGGAGCUGGAGCUGGUGGCUCUAUAACACGUGGCACUUCAGCAGCCAGCGAAGGAGCAGCUGCCAAUCAGCCAUUGGAUCUGUCCAUGGAUGUUUGCGGUGGUGGUGGAGGUGUUGGUGUUGGCGGAUGUGAAGCUGCUGAUUAUGCGUCAGCCAAUUGGUUUAUGCCCAAUGCUUCUUAUUAUGAUUUGAAACCAUUGAAUUUGUCACCUGCCCAGCCAGUACGUGUGGUGCCCACACCACCAGCCUCACCCAAUCUCUGUAUCAUACAGGAGGAGAAUGGGAAUGGACAGAUGUGUCAUACCAUUAGUACGGGAACACCUUAUGCUGGUUGUACGGGUGGCAUAACUCCACAAAUAUGCCUUACCGAUGUCCAGGGAAGUGAGAUCACUUUGGUGGCCCUCUCCUCGGACAAUAGUCGGGAUAGUGAGGAUUCUUUGGAGCAGCAUACGCCCGUAAUGUCACUGCAGGGCCUUAUUAUCACUGAACCCAGCAAUGAUAUGCCUUCCAUUACGCGUGGAAUUGGCCGUAAAGCGAGCUUGGAUUGUGAGCAAGGGGCAAAUCAUGCGGCUGGCGGCUCCUAUCAAGGACAAGGCCAUGCUCAAGGACAAACUCAAUCUAAUGCUAACAAUGCACAUCGUCGGGGCAGUGACAAGUCACUUGGUUUCUCCGAUGAUUCCCUAAGCAAUGACUCGAAUAAUUUAUCACCCUGCCAAGAGCCGUCGGCCAGUUCGUCUGGCUUUAAAUCCGACUCACAUUCCGAUAUGGGCGAUCACACUGAAUGCGGUCAUCUAACUCCCGAUUCCAUGUGCGAUUCGCGGCGCAUGUCCGAUGAGAUGUGCUAUGAGGUUCCCCUCCCUCAUGAAUGCUCUAAUCUGGACUCUACACGGAUACUCGAAAUGGUGAAGCAAACGAUUGAUUCUACAAUGCCGCCAAAGGGUUUCAUUCUACACAAGGGUAGCAUUAGCUCCGAGGAUAGUGGGGCAGAGUCACGACAUAGCAGUGCCUCGUCCAGCUCGAAUCAUGGUGUCGGUGUCUCGGAGGCAGUUGCAAUGGCUGCCAACGCCUCGUCGUCCACUUAUGGCGAUUCGGCGACAGCGACAACAAAUCUCAGUCUGGAGUAUUCGGGUGGCUUGCAAAUUGAAUUGCAAGUGUGCGAGGGACGUCAUCGUGGUGAUCAUCAUGGUGCCGGCAAAGGCAUUAAACUGAGACGCAUCUCGGGGGAUCAGUUUGAAUAUGGAAAAAUCUGUCAGCAAUUGAUUAGUACCAUAACCAUGCAGCAGGUGGCGGGUUGAGAACCAAACUCAUCCACACACAACCCCACACCCAGUUAUCCUUUUGUGAUCCUUGGGCUCUUUUAAGUUUUUAGUUAUUUUUUUUAUCAUUAUUAUUAUGAUUACAUUUUACUAUAUUUUAUGUUUGGUUUUAGCUACCUAAAUGGACUACUCGCCUUGCCUAAACUCUGCGUAGCUGUGAUUUAAGCCGUAUCCUAGAAUGUCUGUGUCCAAUAUGUUGUGUAUGCAUGUGUGUGUGUGAGACUGUGUGUAUGUGUGAGUGAGUGUGUCUAGCUUGUGACGGAUAUAAGCAAUUAUGGAUAUAUACAUAUAUUCAAUGUUGUAAUCCUGUAAAUAACUUUCUAAUCGUUUUCCUAUCCGAAAAAAAACAAUUUCAUUUACGUUUCUUGAAACUGUAGUAACAUAAUCAAAAGAUCACAGACUCCGGACUCCUAACUAGUUAGUUUAACGAAACGCGAUCUAUAUAUAGUAAACGGUAUAAAUAUAUAUUAGUUAUGCACAUUACGUACAUACAAAAUAUGUAUGUACAUAAAAACAAAACCUUAUAUAUAUAUAUAAUAUCUUAAUAUAUAGAGAGAGACAAAUUUCCGCACAUAGUAGUAGUUUAGAGGCGAGUUUUUUCUUUAUAAUAAUAAUUUUCAAGAAAAAUUACAUUCCAGUAGCAAAAAUUUUUUCAAACAAAUGUUCUACGUUCUAGUUUAAAAUUUCUAACUUAGAUAUAUAUAUAUAUAAAUUAAUAUUAUUUUAAAAUUUUAUUGUGCAAUUUUCGAAGCGAUGCAAAAAUUUUUGUUCUCUAAUAUAUAUAUAUAUUAUAUAUGGGAUAAUAUUAGAAAUCUGUUAGAUAGCCUAGGCAGUUUUUGCUCCGUUACCUUGUAAGCUCUUUGAUUCCGUUAAACUUUAAAAACAAAUAACAAAACAAAAACAUACAACCUUGUUCGUAUAAUACACAACAAAUUGAUAAAUUUAAUUUUAAAAGACUGCUGUGAUUUUAAAUGUAAUAAUUACUUAUUUAAAAUGAAAAGGAAAAACCGAAAAAAACAACAACAAACAAACAGAAACAACAAAUAAACAAAUGAGAAAUUAGUUAUUAUAUAUAUAAUAUAUUAUAUAUAUUAAAUAAUUCAUCCUUUAUCUAAAUAAAUUACAAAUUCU